AAAACAAACUGCAAUUCUGCAAACUAAAGAGAUAAGUAUGAAGUCAGUUGAAUUUAACUCAAACUCUAACACAGCCCGAAACCCUCACCUUUCCCUAUAAAUAGCGCAGCAAGCCAAACCUGCGUUUUCUUCAUUCAAACCUGCAAAAUAUACAUACAUAUAUACGUGUAUAUAUAUAUAUAUUUUCGACCCACCGUUUUAGCUAGAAACAAGCCCUGAAAACACCCCUCAAACCUUCCCCUUCGUGAGACGAAUCCAAAGGAGAAAGAAUCGUGGAAAACGGACGUCGGAGUAGGGAGAAAUAGCUCGCCGGAGUUUCGACGGGGAAAAAAUUUUCGACGGAAAACGGAGAAGAGGGAGGAGCUGCCGCUGCCGCCAACCCACCACCGACAUUCGCCGUCCCAAACGGAGCCAAUAGCACUGCCGUUUCGCUCGUCCGACGAGAGACCGGAACUGAAGAAGAGAAUUAGGAGCAUCGGGAUUUAAGAACAUGCCGCCUAGGAGAGAAGUCCCCACAGCACCAACUAAUGCUGAGCUGGCGCUGACCAUGCAACAUUUUGCUCAAACAUUAAGCACCGCGUUUCUCCAGAACCAGCAAACCAGCAAUGACGCCUCUAAGAGGGUAGCAGCUCGGAAUCCACAGAGUUACCAAGGUCAAGAGGAUCCUCUCAUCCUUGAAGAUUGGAUACGCUCCUUUGAUAAGUUGUUCGAGGCAGUUAACUGCCCGGCGGAACAACGAGUUGACAUCGCCGCCUACUACUUGCAUCAGGAGGUCGACAACUGGUGGGCCACUGAUGGACCAGCCUUACGUCAGCAACCAAAUCUUUCUUGGGAGUCAUUUAAGGAGGCUAUGAGGGAAAGAUUUUAUCCCGAACAUGUCAAAGCAGAGAAAUAUAAGGAGUUUUUGUAUCUCAAACAAGGAGAUAUGUCAGUCCAGGACUAUUACGCCAAGUUUGUGGCGUUAUCUCGGUUCGCACGUGCUCUAGUCCCAGACGAGAACAGCAAGGCCCGAAAAUUUAUCCAUGGCCUGAAUUUCGACACUCAGAAGGCUGUAAGUGUGCUAGGAUGCCUGACGUUGAACGAAGCCUAUACGAAGGCUGCUCUUCACUAUAGGGUGCAACGACUUCAACGUGAUGCUUACAAAAGGAACAAAAGAGGUGACGACGAUGACCAACCACCAAGGGAGAAGAGAGGUAGACCAAAUCCCCCUGAACAGCGAACACAAUGGCGGGGAGAUGAUCGUAAUCGCAAUCAAGGAGGAAGGAACUUCCAAGGGAAAGGUCCGACGGGUGAACGAUAUUAUCAUUGCAAGUUAUGCCAAAAGAAUCAUCCUGGACGCGAUUGUGCGGGCAAUGCAGUGAAAUGUUAUGAUUGUGGCCGGAUGGGCCAUAGAGCAUAUGAGUGUCACGUGGGAAAAGGGAGGGUUCCCCAGAACCAGGGCCAAAUCAACAAGGGAGGCAAUCCUGGAGGAAAUAGGCCAGGAGGUGCAGAGAAUCCUAACUACAACGCUCGUGGGAAUGGGGGAAACCACAAGGGCAACAACAACACCCUUAACCAAGGCAAGAUCUACGUGAUGAAUCAAGCUCAAGCUAAUGCCUGUGACGUGGUUUCAGGAGGUGAUCAUGUUGAUUUUGAUGCUGCAAUGUUUGAGAGCGCGAAUUAGAAGAAAACUAUGUAGUUCACUAGAAAUAAACUUUAAUAUUUACUUAUGAUUCGAACAUCUUGAUUUUUGUUAAACUCGUGUUUUGGUAGAUAGCCUUAGCAUCAUCCAAUCAUUCACGGAUUGGAUGUAGCGGUGACAUGCCCCUUUUACUUAGUUUUUAUUAAUUUCCGCUGCAACUUUUGAAGUUUUAAUCAU